GUUUUGUACUUCGACCAACGAACUAUUUUUAUCAUAAAAUAGAUGAAGUUUGACGUUUCGUAUUUGUUUUACAGAUUUUCAUGCAUAAGUCGGCCAUGCAGCAUCACGCUCGUGAAGUUCAUCGCGGAGAUCUGAAACCGCAUCAAUGUCAACAAUGUCUGAAGUCUUUUUCUUCUAACCAUCAGCUUACUCAACACAUCCGAAUCCACACAGGAGAGAAACCGUACAAAUGUUCAUAUUGCGAUCGACGAUUUAAGCAAUUGUCACAUGUUCAACAGCACACAAGGCUUCAUACAGGUGAAAGACCCUACUCGAACCGUUACCGUUUGCUGGUAAUUUAUUUAAUCCUACAUUUCUCUGAAAUUCCAGAUAAAAGAAGAACCACGAACCAUCCUUGUCCAGUAUGUGGGAAGACAUAUGUUAACGAAGGUUCUCUCCGAAAACACAUCACAAGCCAUCCAGAGGCAGCUUCUGUCACUUCAUCCCUAAGAAUGUGGCCCUGUACUGUAUGCCAAAGUGUCUUUACCCACGAAACUGGUAAGUAGAUUUAAUAAAUUAUCAUCAAAUGUUAACACCUCUUUAUCAGCGGUUUCUACAAUCACGGAUACAUACAAAUAGUAGAUAUAUCUAGAAAUAUACAAAUCUCUAUAUUCAAGAGAACCGCUUGAAAAUUCUCUCCGAUACUUUGACGUGACUGAUAAAUAAUGUUCGUUCAGUAUACACUAAUUUAAAUGUUCGCAUUUGAAGAUAAUACAGUAAAUUUUGAUAAUAUUUAGCCUUUAAUAUUAGACUUUAAACUCGAAAAAGACUAUCUUGGGUUGGUUUAAUGGGAUAAGGCAACGCGACACACGAACAAUCAAGGAGGGGUACCA